AUGGUUGCUGGGCGCUAUUUUCCUCCUUGGUUCAGUGUUGCUCCAAUGAUGGAUUGGACGGAUAACCAUUUUAGGACGUUGGCUCGACUUAUUUCAAAGCAUGCAUGGCUCUACACAGAAAUGAUUGCUGCAGAAACAAUUGUUUAUCAGACGGGAAAUUUGGACAGAUUCUUAGGAUAUACUCCAGAGCAACACCCUAUAGUGCUUCAAAUUGGGGGAAGUAAUCUGGAUAAUCUGGCAAAAGCAAUACAACUUUCAAAUGCUUAUGGCUAUGAUGAGAUUAAUUUCAAUUGUGGAUGCCCUAGCCCAAAGGUAGCUGGACGUGGCUGUUUUGGUGCGCGCCUUAUGCUUGAUCCAAAGUUUGUUGCUGAGGCUAUGUCAGUGAUUGCUGCCAACACAGAUGUUCCUGUCAGUGUUAAAUGCCGAAUUGGUGUUGAUAACCGUGAUUCGUAUAAUGAGCUCUGCGAUUUCAUUUAUAAGGUUUCUUCUCAGUCCCCUACUAGGCAUUUCAUUAUACACUCCAGAAAGGCAUUGCUGAAGGGACUUAGCCCAGCCGACAAUCGAAAAAUUCCUCCCUUGAAAUAUGAGUACUACUUUGCCCUCUUGCGUGACUUCCCCAAGUUAAGGUUUACGAUUAAUGGAGGCAUAAAUACCGUUGAUGAAGUAAGAAACAAUUUGGUCUGGCGCACUUGA